UUCCUGUGGAAACAAAAAUAGAGCGUGUUUUUUGUAAAAAGAAAAAGAAAACAAAAUCUGCGCUGGGCCUGUGGCUGCGGCCUGCGGGGGUACGGAGUCAACUGCAGGAAUUGAAGGUCGCGAGCUUCUCCUCUCCGGCCCGCGGAUCUUCAUGGCCUCUGAGGCGGUCGUCGUCCACAGCGGCGGCUGCCACUGCCGGCGCGUGCGGUGGCAGGUCGAGGCCGCGGCGAGCGUGGUGGCGUGGAUCUGCAACUGCUCCGACUGCUCCAUGCGCGGGAACACCCACUUCAUCGUCCCCGCCGCCAAGUUCAAGCUGCAGGCCGGCGCCGAGGAGUCCAUCACCACCUACACCUACGGCACGCACACGGCCAAGCACACCUUCUGCAAGGUCUGCGGCAUCACCUCCUUCUACUCCCCGAGGUCCAACCCGGACGGCGUCGCCGUCACCGUGGCCUGCGUCGACCCUGGCACCCUGAAGCAUGUCGAGUACAGGAAAUUCGAUGGGAGGAACUGGGAGGAUUUUUUCAGGCACAGCGGCAUCUCUCAGUUCUCCAAGGAGAAGGCGGAGGCGGCGGAGUAGUGGGCAGGCCAAUUUGUUUUCUUCCCUUCAAGGCUUUCAGGCAUGACCACCCUGCAGUCGAAGAUCAUCCAUGGCUUCGCCAGCAAGCAGUGCCGAUGGAGUGGAUUGACGAACUGCAGACGGAGACGAAGGCCAUGGGAAAUGAGGCUAGCUCAGAUGGUGAUGAUACCGCAAUAUGUAAUGGAUGAUCAGCAUGGGAGAGUUUAGUCUUUUUGUAGGCUCGCACUGGAAAGGGAUCUACCUAGCAUAUUCUUUGAGCACAAACUUAUUGGAACCCUUUAGCCCCUUUAUGGUUCUCUUCUUUAUGCUUCACUAGCAAAUGGGGAUCUAGUGCAAAGCUUUCUUAGUUUGUCACUUUCUGCAGAACUUGUUGGUGGUUGAGAAAAGGAAGUGAUAUGCUUUUGUUUAAAAGAGCUAUGUCACAUUGCUGAAAAUCAGUUCUAAAAUGGAAUAUAACUGAUGCAGGGGACUAUGCAGUCGUACCUGGUGUAAAAGAUCUGUAUAAUAGUAAAGGAAGCUAUUAAGCAAAUACUUUACCAGGAAUAUAGCAUUUGUAUGCUCAAUAACAGUGAUAAUAUAGUAGGUUGAAGUUGUGCACUAAUUUGUUGCAAUCAUUUUCAUUGAUGUCCAAGAGGGACUCACAUGACAAGAUAGUUUCAGAAAUUGGCUACAUGAAUUCCGUAGGAAUAGGGUGCUGAAAAUGAAUGUGAAAAUUACAGUGAACCAUACAGCAGAUGAGGUUUCUGCCCUACCAAACGUUGCACAUCUAAUAUGGUUAAUUCGGCUUUUGUUUCCUUCUAUAUAUGCAGACAUCCUUUUGUGAACCUGGUCAUUUUUAGUUUUUCUUUUCAGCUCAUCAUCUCAAUUCUAAAGUUUGGAUCAGUUUAGUGUCCUUUUUAUUUUAACCAUGUUCAUUGCUUCCUUUUUUUAGAUGCAUUUCUAUAUACCCCAGUGGCAACUAAGAUAUCCUUAAUCUGCUAAUCUCUCUUCUCCCAUCUUCACAAUUGCACUUCUGGAUUUCUGAUACUAUUGAACUUCUUUGUCUAUGAGCAAAAAGGGUACAAUCUAUAUGGACCACACAAUGUAUCAAAGGCGGAACAUCCACUCAUUUCAAGUAGCUUUGCACAGUGCAUUCCAAAAUAUGAAGUAUGAACACUGCAGGAGCCGGUGAUCUGAUGCCUGGAACCUCUUGUGACCAAGCGUCAGUGGCAUCGCGCAUCAGUGUUUCGGUUGGUGGACAAUAAUGCAGAGGCACCUUUUCUAGAACCGGCCACCAGUGAUUUUAUUUGGCCAUGAUUGAAGAAUACGCGGGUGAAGCAACAGCGCCCAGCUAGCUCCUGAAUGUCCACAAGUUUGUCAAGCUGCUGCAGGAGGAUCUGAUCUUUGGUGUGGCAUGUGGAUCCAGAUGCAGUACAGGCACUGGCUGUCUUGCUGCGAGCAGUUGAUUUGUUGCUGCAAAUUGCAGUGAUACUGUGUGCAAGCAAAAAGCUGUUGAAAGUGCCAGGUCAGAUCACUGACUUUUGUUAAGGGUUUUCUGCAGUGGGUAACCUAAA